CCUUCCUCCGCUCAGAUGAUGCACAGACAAGGGCCACAGCACUCUGAUCUGCCUGACAAUUCUGUAUUUCAUUCUGUGAAAUCCGGCUGGAUAUUGAUUCCUCUGCUGUACGGAAUGGAUAAGCCUCAAAGAUGGCGGCCUACACGAAUAGGCAUCUGUGGGAGCGGCCAUGUUCUCCGGGCCUCUCAAGGAAUUAUAUGCAAAUGCUCUUGAAGCUAUGUGUUUAUGUGUGUGGGUGUGUGCGUGUGCGUGUGCGUAUGCGUGUGAGUGUGAGUGUGUGUGUGUGCGCGCGCCUUGUCGACUGUUGGCUUUCUCUGGCUUCACGGGUAACGCUGGGCAUGCGCAAUACUAAUAGCCCAAGAGGACGGGUUUUUUUUUGUUGUUUUUUUUUGGAACACCGGAAGUGACAGUGGUCCUGGAAGGUGGUUUCUUGCCCGCGCUGCUGCUAUUGAGUAUUUCUGUUAUUAAUUCUAUUAAUAACAAGAAGUCUUCGGGGAUGAUUCCGAGAUCAGUGUCCUUCAUGGAUGUGACUAUAGAUUUCAGCAGAGAAGAAUGGCAGCACCUAGACCCUGAUCAAAGAAGUCUCUACCAGGAUGUGAUGCAGGAGACCUACAGUCACCUGCGCUCAGUCGGAUAUCAAGUUCCCAAGACAGAGGUUUUCACGCUGGAGCAAGGAAAGGAAACAUGGGCAUUGCAGAAUGAGAGCCCAUGUCGGCACUGUGUAGAAGAGUUGCAGCAGAUUGGUGACCAGAAAGAGACCUAUCAGCAAAUAGCAAAUAGCAAAUCAGCAAGUGAUGUUAUUUUCAUCAAGAAGACACUGGAUACAAAGAGUCAUUAUGGAUAUAAGACCAUUAGAAAAAUAAUUCAUGUGAAUCCAUACAUUGUUCUUCCUCCUAAAAGACCCCACCAGUGUGACUCAUUUGGGAAUGAUCUGAAGCAUAAUUUAUAUUUACAGAGUCAUAGUGAAAAUAAUGGGCCAAAGAGAAUUAAAAGGAUUCCUGAAUGCAGUAAAAUUUCAUCCUAUACCGAUGCUGAGCAUACUGUAACAGGAGAGAAAUUAUGGGACCAUAAUCAGUGUGGAAAAGUCAUCAAUUAUGAACAAGUACCUUGUCGGUAUCCAAAAAUUUAUAUUGGAGAGAAAUCAUAUGAAUGUGCUGAAUUUGGAAAGAUCUUCACCCAGAAGUCACAGUUCAAAAUACAUAUGAAAUCUCAAACAGGAGAAAAACUCUAUGUAUGUGUUGAAUGUGGGAAGGCAUUUUCAGAGAAGCCAGAAUUCAUUACACAUCAGAAAACCCAUACUAGAGAGAAGCCCUAUAAAUGCAAUGACUGUGGAAAAUCCUUUUUCCAAGUCUCUUCUCUCUUCAGACAUCAGAGGAUUCACACUGGAGAAAAGCUCUAUGAAUGUAGCGAGUGUGGGAAAGGCUUCUCAUAUAACUCAGACCUCAGUAUACAUCAGAAAAUUCAUACAGGAGAGAGACAUCAUGAAUGCAUUGACUGUGGCAAAGCAUUCACACAAAAGUCCACACUCAAGAUGCACCAGAAAAUCCAUACAGGAGAGAGGUCCUAUAUAUGUAUUGAAUGUGGACAAGCUUUCAUCCAGAAGACACACUUGGUUGCACACCGAAGAAUUCACACUGGAGAAAAGCCAUAUGGAUGCAAUAUCUGUGGGAAAUCCUUCAUUUCCAAGUCACAACUGCAGGUCCAUCAACGAAUUCACACAAGAGUGGGGCCCUGUAUAUCUGCUGAAUAUGGGAAAAUCUUCGGCAGUAGUUCCAACCUCAUUACACAUAAAAAAAUUCAAAUUAGAGAGAAAUCUUCCAUCUGCACUGAAUGUGGGAAGGCCUUUACCUAUAAGUCCGAAUUAAUCAUUCAUCAGAGAAUUCACACUGGAGAGAAACCUUAUCAGUGUAGUGACUGUGGAAAAGCCUUCACCCAGAAGUCAGCUCUCACAGUGCACCAAAGAAUCCAUACAGGAGAAAAAUCAUAUGUGUGCAUGAAAUGUGGGCUAGCUUUCAUCCAAAAGGCACACUUGAUUGCACACCAGAUAAUUCAUACUGGAGAAAAACCUUAUAAAUGUGGUCACUGUGGGAAACUCUUUACUUCCAAGUCACAACUCCAUGUACACAAACGAAUUCACACAGGAGACAAACCUUACAUGUGCAGUAAAUGUGGGAAGGCAUUUACCAACAGGUCAAAUCUCAUCACACAUCAGAAAACUCAUACAGGAGAAAAAUCCUAUGUCUGUUCAAAAUGUGGAAAGGCCUUCACUCAGAGGUCAGACCUGAUUACACACCAGAGAAUUCAUACCGGAGAGAAACCAUAUGGAUGCAGUACCUGUGGGAAAGCCUUUACCCAGAAAUCACACCUCAAUAUACACCAGAAAAUUCAUACUGGAGAGAGACAGUAUAAAUGCCAUGAAUGUGGGAAAGCCUUCAAUCAGAAAUCAAUACUCAUUGUUCAUCAGAAAAUUCAUACGGGGGAGAAACCCUAUGUGUGUACUGAAUGUGGAAGAGCUUUCAUCCGAAAGUCAAACUUCAUCACCCAUCAAAGAAUUCAUACUGGAGAGAAACCUUAUGAAUGCGGGGACUGUGGGAAAUCCUUUACCUCCAAAUCUCAGCUCUUGGUGCACCAGCCAGUCCACACAGGAAUAAUCCAAACAGAAGGCCCCUGCCUUCUGGAGUAUGCAGAAGGUGCAGCAAAAGCUGACAUUGGACCAAUGAAUGCAGAUCAACAAGGGACAGACAAGGUAACCCUUUGCCAUCAGGAAAUGCCUUGGGGGGGGGUUCUCGCAGGUCCUCAUGUCAAAUUUAGCUCAAUCAUUCCCUGUCACCAUGGGGGAAACUCCUCCCCAGAGCAAUUAUAGGACCUAAUGCCUAUUGUAAAAAACCACACUGUUCUGGAUGAUAGAACACCUUUAGAAGAUUAAACAAAAAUUUCAGGAGAAACCAUAAAGCAAAAAUUAUAAAGAUUAGAUUUGGAUAAGAGAGACUAGAAGAGAUGAUAAUUCAUCAAACAGUGUGACCAUUUGAUCUAAACUAACUUAUAAGACUAACAAAUGCUUUUCAUUUAAUCAGAUAUAACUUUCCAAAAGGGAAACUCCCCAAAGUUAGAGUUGGGGCAGGGUUUUGUUUUUGUCCUUUCAGGAGAAUAAAGGCAUCCAGCUAAAAAAUCUGAAGACCACUGGACAAAUGAGACAUCUGAAGAAAAAGGAUGAGUCAUCCAGAGAUAAUGUCUCAAGAAAAAGAGUAAAUUGGCCUAUUCAUGUAUCACAUUUCCAACAGGAUAAAAUUUCAUAAAUCUUCUCAAAUGUUUGUUUCUGUUGUUCUCUACAGACAUAUAAUAUAAAUGGUCUUUUUGUAGUCCCAGUUGAAUUAGAAAUUAAAGCUGCCUUUGGAGUUGGAGUGUGGCUCUCUCCUUCUCUAAACUCAAGCAUGCUUGUUAAAGGAAAAUCCAAAAUCUCUGUCUCAUGUCAGAAGAGUCACCUGAUAUGAGACAGAAGAAAAACCAAAAUUAAGGGACUAUUCUAUUGCCACUAAUCUCAUAAUUCUUUGGUUUUAUCUUGAUUCUUUAAAACUUUUCUUAAAGUAUAAAUAUCUCAAAAUUUAUAAGGUUAAUAUAUAUAUACAUAUAUAUUUUAAACUUUUUGUCAUGAUAUUUAUGAUCAUAUAGAGUACUAACUAAUUCUAGAAAAAGACUUCAUCUAGAUUUCUGUACAUUUUUUCGGGUUUGAGUCUUUAUCAGGUAACUAGGAAUUAAGUUUUUGUACUCUGGAUGUACAUAACAAAUAUUGAUCCUUUAACUUCUUCAAGAUCUGUUGCAUAUGACAUUUAAAAUGUUUAAGUUUUGUGCAGUGAAUCAUGACUAUGCCUAACAGUGACCUUUGAAGUCUCCAAAAGGAGGAUAGGGCUCCACAAGGGCUCCACAACAAUGAUUCCACCUGGAUUAUGGUAAUGCCACUAAGAUGACAAAAAUCAGCUUUGAACUACAAACUGCUCAGGACAUUUUCAAAGUGGCUAGCUGAGAUGGUCCAGCCUCACAGACUACUUGUACCAAGAUUUGAGAUAAGUCUUGCAUUUUCCCAUUACACAGAGACUGGACAACAAAUGAUACCGCUAUCUGUCCCAAGAAUUGACAAGUAACCCAAUUUUUCAGAGUCCCUAAAGAUGCUGUCUUCCCCAGACAACAGGAAAUAAUUUUAAGAACUAGAUGCCCACAUUCCCAAGAAGUGGGGUGGGUAGUUUUUGGUUGUUCAGUAGAUUAAGGAUAUUUGUCAUCAUUUGGGGAGUUGAUUACAAGUUAUUAUUGGUAAUGGUCAGGAAAAAAGCUGAAUAAAAGAGAUUAGAUUUCAGGGACCUUGUUCUGGAAAGAAAAAGAGGGGAUAUAGAGGUGAUAGAAUAAAAGGGUAGAUUAUUGAAUCUACUUUUAAACCAAAAAGCAACUACUAGUUUUAUGUAUAAUUGGUUUGGAUUUUUUUAUAUUGAUACAAUUUGAGGUUAUUUUUGUUAGAACAUACUAUAUAUGCGUUUCUACUCUUGUUCAAGGUAUUGUACCUAUACAGCUCAUUUAACAAUGUAAUGUAAAUUUCUAGUCCUUGAAUAUUUAGGAUAAUAAAGAAAUGCAGGUCAGUAGUUAGUCACCUAUUAAAAUCAAACAUGUAGUCAGGUAUGUUUUCAAGGUCAAAUAGAUAUAUUUUAGAUAGACAGGUGGUCUUCAAAUCUACAGAAUAUGGCAUUUAAGAUGUUUUAAUAACAUAAAGUUGUUGUUUUUUUAUGACAAUGAGACAUUUCUGCUCCUGGCAACACCAAUCUACUUCAGAAAAGAUGGUGGGCAUGAAAGAAACUCUGCAUGGAGUUUGAUUUCUUUGUGGCAAAAGUUAGCCACUGGGCAAGAAACUGCUCUUGCCUCAACUGCUGGCAGUAUGCUGUCCAAAUUGGACAAGCAGGACACAAAAUAAAGUGACCACUGAACUUUGCCAAGACAAGGUGGGACAGUCCUCCAAAAAUCCUACUUCAUGGAUAAGUCUGUCAGAUAUUCUAGGCCUGUAGUCCAAAGAUGGAUGCCCCAACAUUACAGAGUAACCGUGGGAGACUGUUCAGGCAGUCAGCUAUUUCUGUCAUUUCUUAAUUUUGGAAGUUGUUUGCUCUACACUUCCUGUUUACUCAGGUAGUAUUAUAUCCUUCUUAGAUCUCUGAUAGAAUUGAAGACUAGAUAUUUAUAGUUUUCCUUGUUACCAAAUUCAGAAAUGAAACUCAAAAAAGAGGUGUAAAGUGUAUAAGGUUGAGAGACGUAAAAAGAUAAUUUUGGAUUGGUAAUGCAAGUUAGGAUAGAAAAUGAAUUAGGUACAACACUUUGAACUCACCAAGAUAGGAUAGACUAUGGAGUAUUUUCUCUGAAUUUGUCAAAUGCAAAUGGACUGAACAUUGUGAUUGCAUUUUUUGCCUGUAUAUAUUUUAUGUAGUUAUUAUACUUAUUGUAUAUAGUUUUACUAUGUUAGCUAAAACCUUUGCUUUUUAUUUAGACAAAAAGGCAGAAAUGUGUAUGGUAUUUUGAUUGUUUUCUGGAAAAUAAAGCUUUCUUGGAAUCAGAGGGUGGAACUAGCCACUAGCUGACCAAAGAGGUUUAGAGGACUGAGGACAGAUAGCAUACAGGAAGUAGGAAGGUGGGGCCGAGUGAGGAUGUCAUCUUUUUUGGACUGAGGGAAUGAAGAGGUAUCAAGCAACUGGCGGCUGCUCCUUGUUCUCUGAUCCUUCAGGUUCUUACCCCAAUAUUUGACUCCUGAAUUUUUAUUAAUAAAGAUUAAUUAGAUUAAUGUUUCAUAAGGCCUUUCCAAGUUUACAGUUAACUAUAUAGCCUAUUCCAUCUCAUUAGAUCUCUCUGUAGGAAAUUCUAUAUUAACUAGCUCUUAUCUUCAGGUGUCAACUUAAUUAUUGUUCCUAAACAGUAAUAUUGUUCCUAAUCAGUAAGAGUCCUGCUUGAGGUAGAGGGGUAGAGAGACACUCAAUACUGUUCUUCUACAGGGCCUAGGUUCAAUUCCCAGCACCUACAUAGGAGCUAACAAUUGUAUGUUACUACAGUUCCAGGGGAUCUGAUACCCUCUUCUAGCCUCUAUAGACAAUGAAUGCAUUUGGUACAAAGACAGACAUGUAGACAAAACACUCACACACUUGUUUUUGUUUGUUUGUUUGUUUUGUUUUGUUUUUUCACCAGGUUCUCCAUGUAACAGCCUAAGCAGUCCUGGAACUUGCUUUGUAGACCAGGCUAGCCUUGAACUCACAGAGAUCUGCCUGCCUCUGCCUCCAGAAUGCUGGGAUUAAAGGCAUGUGGCACCACACCCAGCAAGAGUAAAGUUUUAAAAACCUUAAUUAAAAAAAAAAAAAAAAAAAAAGAAUCUUGGCCAGACAUGGUGGUGCAUAGUGGCAUAUCCUUUUGAUCCCAGCACUCAAGGCAGAGGCAGAUGAAUUUCUGAGUCUGAGGUAAAACUGAUCAACCUUGCAAGUUCCAGGCCAGUCAGAGCUAUAUAAUAAGACCCUAUCUCAAAAAUUAAAAUAAAAAUUUAAAAAUCUUAAGAAUUCACUUCUGUUAAUUUAGCAUAAGUUGUGAAAAAUAUAAAAAACUCAAAAAUGAAGGUGAGAACACUGAAAGAAUUGGUAGGCUAAAAGCUAAAAACAAACAAAAAAACCACAAAUGACAACUCAGAGAGCAAAAAAAAGUCUUAAGAUUCUGAAAAAGCCAUAUGAAAAGUGAAAAAAUGAAGCAGUGUUUUCAACUAUUUCAUACUUCUGGGUGCUUGGGUUGGGAUUCUGAGUGCUAUGAUGUAGGAACAAGAGAUUGGUCAGUGCAGGGGUCUAAAAUAUGAGCCAGGCUGUCCCUCUCUUUUCUUUUUCUCAUCAUAUUAUGUAGUCCAGGCUGGCGUGAAGUUUACAGUCUUCCUGUCUCAACUUCUGGAGUACUGAAAUAACAGGCAUAAGACAGACACUAAGCCCACCUAACACUAUUAAAUAACUUAAAAUUCAGAAAUUUAAAGAGGUGGCUCAGAGGUUAAGAGCACUGGCUCCUCUUCCAGAGGACCUAGGUUCAAUUCUCAAUACCAACCUAAUGAUUCACAACCAUAUGAAAGUCCAGUUCCAGGGGUGCUGACAACCUCUUCUGACCUCCACAGGCACCACAUUAAUGUACACACACAUAUAUGUAUGUAGGUAAAACAUUCGUACACAUAAAUAAAUCUUUUUUUAAGUAGGUCAUGAGAUAUAAGGGAUAGAAAU